GAAAAAAAACAACAACAACCUAUAAAUACAGCUGGUCAGUGGAUCUAUGUAAGGCCUUGUUGUAGCUGGCUGCUAUCUGAGCGGCGGAAUCCUUGUUGUCAGGUCCGGGAACCUUUUAUCGCGAUUAUUUGCUGACAUGAAAACGUAUAUACGAUGAUAGUGUCCCUACGCCAAAAAAACAGAGCUUUAAAUAUUACUUUUCUUCAUAAAAUACUCAAAUAUAAAAAUACAUGCAUGAAAUGAUCAUAAAAAUGUUUCAAGGCAUUAGUACGUAUGAUCGAACAAUUAAAUUGUAAAGUGCAUUUAUACCUAAAAUAACCUUAUUAAAAUAAAACUAACAAUUAAUAACUAAUGUCAAAAGUAGUUCGCUAUCUUUAUCGCAUAUUAAGAAAGACUGAGUUAAAUGCAUCAUAAAAGAUCAUAAAUUUACUGCAGUUAGUAAUAGAACAUUCACACACAGUAGCAGACGUCAUCGUCAAGUGGAGAUCACUCUGAAGAAGGGAGUAUUAAGUAUGCAAACAUUUUUUCGAAAUAUGGUUGUAUACAUAACUUAUAAUUAAAUAUUGUAUCAUUGUUUUGAGACCUGUUUGGUUUUAAUACAUUCUUGAAACUACUUUGUUUGUUUGUUUGCUUGUUUAUUACACUGAAGAAAUAAAUCGUCGAAAAGAUUGAAACUGAGGAAAUAGUCUACAAGUAUGGCGGAAGGCGGAGGGGAGGAGGAACACGAAAAUCCCUUUUCAUUUAAGGCUUAUGUGAAAAAGAAAGCGAAAAAGCAAGAAGAUCAAGAUACACAGCCUGAUGAUAUAUUCGCUGUUACGGGGUCAACAGGAGCUCGUAAAAAAGAAAAGCCUUCUUUGGUCGUUGCUGAUGAAGAUGAUGGUGUAUCUCACUCCUCAACUUCAAAAAAAAAGGGAAGCAAUGAAAAUCCAUUUUCCUUUAAAAAAUUUAUCAGCAGUCAAGGAGAGACUACAUCUGUUCGAAAGAGCUCACCAGCUGACCUUUCCCGAAAUGAUGCAGCAAUCAGGUCACCGAAUCAUGACUUUAGUUCUUCAAGCUCCAUCUCUUCCGGAGCACAAAACCAGAGUAAGGCACAGCCUGCAGUAGCCCCUCCAGAUUUUGCUUCAGACUUGCCUGAUUUUAUUUCCAACCACUUUGGUAGUGAACACCUGCAAGAAAACAGUCAUAGGCAUCAACUGCCAGACUUCACAUUACCAAUUGGGAAAGAGAGAGAGAUCAGAGUACCAAACGAGUCACUGUUAGGCUUGGGCAGGAGCAGAAAUGGAGACUGGAUGUCAGAAAUAAAAAACACAUCUUGGGAGGAGGAAGAGGAGGAGGGAAGUACUCAACAUGGACGACACUUUGAAGGCAUUAGUUUGCCAGACUUUUUGGUGGACAGUGCAGUGCCAAGUACUGUACAGGUUCAAAGUGUGGAAGGGGUAAAUAGUGAAGAUGCUGUUUAUGCUGCAAGUUCAUCUAAUACACGAUUGCCUACUCUUCCUACUCCUGAACCGAAGGCUGAGGAGUUUAGCUGUGUGAAAAGUGGUAGAGAUAUUUCAUUAACUGAUGAUUCCACUGUUAGACAGCUGAGGGAGGAGAACAGUCGACUUCGAGCAAUGGUAGCUCAGAUGAGACAGAAGGCUGCAGAUGAGGAUGCAAGGGUGGCUGUGUUGGAAAAGGAGCUACAGAGACUUCAGAAGAAGGAAGCCGAAGAGACAGCUGUGAUGGAAAGAGCAGUGCAACAGGUGGAGGAAAAUCUGGUAGCAACGACAAGGAGAGCUGUUCAAGCUGAGACUCAAGUUGCUAAACUGAAGCAAGACAUCAAAACCCUUCAGUCUCAGGUAAAGGCUUUAGCAGCGGAGAAUGAGGCCCUCAGAUCAGGAGAUCAUGGAUUAUCAGACAUUCGGGAGCGUACAAAGUAUGCCUCAGAACAGCUUAAGGCAUCUGCUUUUACUGCUGAAAGCAAUCUCAAAGAGCUGUUGUCCGGAGUUGAGAAACUGAAAGUUCUGGGACAGAUACUGAGCUGCUUAGAGAAGGUAACAGAUGCCGAGGAGACACCAGCUCAAGACACCAGUGCAGCAGGAACAUGAUGCUGGCCUUUUGGGUCAUGUAAACAUGUGCCCUCUAGGAAUAUUGAUUUUAACUUUGAAUGCAGCUAAUAAUACUGUAAAAAAAAAAAACCAGGGAAAACUACAACUAUGUGUUCAAGCAGUUUUGCGGAGUACAUCUUGGAGUCUAUUUUCACCCGCCUACCUCAGACAGGAAGGCAGUUGUAUUUGUAAAUGAUUUCUGUGUUUAUAAAAACUAAAAAAUCUAAAACAUGUAUAUUAGUUUAAAAUGAACCAAAUUACUCGAGUAAAGAGGAAUGGGGUGGGGCUUCUAUCAAUAGUAGGUGUGGUUAGUAAAUAAAAUCAAUUUCAUUGCUUUGGUUUGGAAUGUCUUUUGGGUUAUUUCCCUUGAGGAUUCUAGCGUACAGAAAGUCUUGUCAGUGAUGAUCACAUUAGCAUUUUCAUUCAGUGAUAUAUGUAUUGGGAAAUGGGAUGAUUUUUUCUCUGACAAUGAUGUUUUUGAGCACUGAUAGUAAAGGCAAUGAAAGAGUGACUUUGUUAUGUGACAAAGCCUGGGACUGUAACUGCUGAAGAUGUAAGUGAUUUCAUAAGUAAUUGGACAAAAUGUGAACAGGUGGGGGGUGUUGACCACCUUGUGAAGUUAAAUGUGAGAGAAAACUUGAAUGUCUUGCAGUGAAUGAUUAUUGUGAGUAAUGAGAGACAACUGCAAUAGUAUGGUGCUCAUAAUACUAAUGGUUGUCAUGUCAGCAUAUUCAUCAUUGUCUUCCAGCUACACUUGGUAUUUAAUAAUUGUUUUCUUUUUUGUUACUGAUUUAUCUUACCAUAUCUGUUUUUCAGUCCUUAUGUGUUUGGAAGGUUAGUGAGGAGCAUGUGUGCAUUUGUUGGCAUGAGAUUGUGUCUGUAUACAUGAAAAAGCAUGCAUAUAUACAUUUAUUCUUUGAGUGUGUGAUGGUGUUUACUUGAUAAAGCUGAUUUAAGGAGCUUUUGUUUCUUAAGGCUUUUUUUUUAAAAGUUUUCUUGUUGGUUUCAGUUGUCAUCACUUCAAACAAUGCUGUUGCAAGUCUCUUGUCUGUUGCACACUCAUCACCAAGCAAAGAAUUUCAAGAGAUUUUACUGUACAAAGAAUAUUAGCUUCACUGGAGAUUUCUGGUCAUAUUCCCUCUUGUCAGUACUGCAUUCAGCAUCAAAUAAGGGUGAAGCUCGUUGAUGGCAAAGGUUGCUUGACCUAGUAUGCUGAUUACUUUAUUGGCAUCUGGCUUACAGGUGCUCAUAUUUAUUUGCUUGCUUUCUUAAUUCCUCCCACACAACUCCAGUCUCCUUAGCAUGGGUGGUCACACAUGGAAUGUUUGCAAUGUUUUCUUUUUAAGAAACUCGAUGUUAUGACAUAGGCAUACCGAGGACGCACUAGGCUUUCAGAAUCAAAAUGUUCAACAAAAAUGAAAAGAAAUGCUCAUACUUCCUUCUUGGUAGUUUAUAACUUGGAGCCUUUAUAAUUAAAGGUGAAUGAUAUUA